UUGAGACAACCACUGCUAGUACACCCAGUCCUAAGAGUCAAGAGCCAUAUAAAGUGUUUUCAGAUGCAGCACCAAACCACUCUCGUGCCACUGAUGAAGUCCCUCUCAGAGCUCCCUCAAUCUCACUGAGUGAGGUGAAUCCACCUGAAAUUCAAAGAGUUGUCGUCGAGCACAUUUUACGGAAGCAAGAAACAUUCUUACCCGUGCAAUCCCAGGUGAGGCUCCGUUCAUUCUCCGGAAAAUCUCCUGCACCUAAUAAUGAAACCGACUACGACACAUGGCGUUCACACAUUGAGCUGCUCCAGAGUGAUCCAAGCGUAUCCCCUCUGCAAAUAUCCAGAAAAAUUCUUGAGAGUUUGCUUCCCCCAGCAGCUGACGUGGUUAAAGGCUUACGACCUGAGUCACCACCUGAAAUCUACCUGCAGCUGUUGGACUCAGCUUUUGGCAUUGUGGAAGACGGGGAAGAGCUCUUUGCACAAUUUCUUAACACACUCCAGAACCCAGGUGAAAAGUCAUCUGCCUACCUCCACAGGCUCAAGUUAUCUUUAAACAAAGCCACAAAAAGGGGAGGGGUUGCAUGUGAAGAAGCUGACAGACAUCUCCUUAAGCAGUUCUGCAGGGGUUGCUGGGACAGCAAUCUGCUCAGCGCUCUGCAACUCGAGCAAAAGAAAAGCAACCCACCUCGUUUCUCAGACCUUCUACUGAUGAUUCGCUCCGAAGAAGACAGACAGCAGGCCAAAAGCUGUCGGAUGAGGAAACACAUUGGUACCAUGAAGCAAAGAACCCAUCUGCAGUUUCAUGGUGCAUAUGCUUGUGAGCCAGAAGAGGUGCACGAGAGCAGUGGCAGUGCUAUUGAGGAUCUAAGAAGACAGGUGGCUA